AUGGCUGUCCCUCGGAUAACGCUUUAUUUUGACAUUUGCAGUCCUUUCAGCUACAUCGCCUUCCAUAUUUUGACUAACUCCCCUGUCUUCUCGACAUGCGAGAUUGAUUUCGUACCAGUCUCUCUGCGCGGACUAUUCCAAAAAUCCCAGAACUCGUCCCCAAUGUCAAGCAAAAGUAAGGCCUGGAUACUUUUUACACUCUCGAGGAUCAAAUUUCGGGGCUUUGGAGCACGGGAUCUAACCAAAGUUGCAGACAAGUUUCAAUGGAUAAACAAAGAGCGCCUUUACUGGGCUCGACGCUUCGAUGUUCCCAUGUCCGAAGCUAUCCCAGAGGGGUUCCCUGCAUCCACUGCGGACAUCCAGCUUGUUCUCUCUGUUCUGGCUAAAGAGGCGCCAGAGAAGGUAGUGGCGAUGACGCAAACAAUUUACCGUGAAUAUUGGGGGAAGUGCAACCCGAAAGUCCUGAGCCCAGAUGGUUUCUCUGUUCUUCUGGAGCAAGAGUUAGGAUCUGAAUUGGCUGAGCACGUACUAGCACAGAGUAAGACGGAUGAAGCGAAAUCAGCCUUGGAUGAGACUACGGAAAAGUUAUUUGGGUCUGGGGCAUUUGGCUUGCCUUGGCUGAGCUGUACCCGCCCACAAGGAGAAACAGAGGGAUUCUGGGGUAUUGAUCAUUUUGGUCGUGUCGUGGAUUUCUUGCAUUUGAACCGUGCUUUGGAUAGCUCUUUUGAAGUUUUGCUAUGA